AAAAAAAUGGCAGAUCAAUCACAAGCUGAAUAUUUGAACUUAAAAGUUAAAUCCCAAGAUGGAGAGGAGGUUUUCUUCAAAAUCAAGAAACAAACCCAAUUCAAGAAACUAAUGGAUGCUUAUUGCUCAAGACAAAAUGUAAUUAUGAACUAAAUAUUUUAGCUUCAAAUCUAAAAUGUGAGAUUCCUAUUUGACGGCGAAAGAAUUUUGGAGACUCAAACCCCUGCUGAUGUUAGAGUUAUAUGAUAUAUAUUAGAUUGGAAUGGAGACGGGAGAUGAAAUUGACGUGGUUAUUGAGCAAGUUGGAGGUAUGAAAUGUGUAUGA